AUGCACUUCCCCACCAUCCUCGUCACCCUCGCGGCCGCCGUGUCCACCACCUCGGCAAUCAACGUCCGUUCGCACUCGGGCAACACGUGCAACGGCGAAUGGAGCCAGUGCAGCAACAUCGCCAUCGCCUACACGGCCCGCAUCCGCGGCGAAGCCUACCGCGACAGCGGCUGCAGCACCUUUGCCGGCUCGGAAUUGUCCCGCGGCGCCGACUGGAUCUGCAUCCCCUACACCUCGGCACGACCCGGGCGUCGUACCGGCGGACGCUGGUACAACUCGUCUACGCGGCGGCGCAGUGUCGGCGCCCUCGAGGGCGACGACAACAACAAGACGUGCCCGGCCGAGCAGUACGUCGAGGAAGGCGAGUGCCGGACAUAUGUCAAGCCUGACCUCUUUGGGCUGGCGGAUGGGACGACGUUCAACAUCACCGGGCUGGACGAGGACAAGGUCAUGGAAUUGGAGAAACUCGCCGGCACUGGCACUGCGAUCGACGCGAUGCCUGCUGAGUUCCAGGCGUUGCGCAGCUCCGAGGAAUAG